AUGUUUGCUUCUACUAACAGAUUGUCCAUCGUCAAGAACCUUAUUUCAAAAAGAGGAAUUCAUAAUGCAACCACUGCAAAACAUGAAUUGACUCGUAUUGAAAACGGUGUCCAAGUUAUGACUGUCAGAGAUGCGCUUAAUCUGGCCAUGCAGGAAGAGUUGGAUAGAGACCCUGAUGUUUUCCUCAUGGGUGAAGAAGUUGCCCAAUAUAACGGUGCUUAUAAAGUGUCAAGGGGCUUGUUGGACAAGUUUGGCCCAAAGAGAGUCAUUGAUACACCAAUCACUGAGAUGGGAUUCACCGGUUUAUGUGUAGGUGCUGCCUUCUCCGGUUUAAAGCCAAUCUGUGAAUUCAUGACUUUCAACUUUGCAAUGCAAUCCAUUGAUCAGAUUAUUAACUCCGCUGCUAAAACUUACUACAUGUCAGGUGGUAAAAUGCCUGUUAAUAUCACCUUCCGUGGUCCAAAUGGUGCGGCAGCAGGUGUUGCAGCUCAACACUCCCAAGACUAUGCGCCUUGGUAUUCUGCAAUUCCAGGUCUGAAGGUUGUCUCCCCAUUCUCUUCUGCAGAUGCUAAAGGUCUGUUGAAGGCGGCAAUUAGAGACCCAAAUCCUGUUAUUGUUUUAGAAAAUGAACUUCUAUAUGGUGAAUCCUUCCCCGUUAAUGAUGAAAUCUUAUCCCCAGAUUACGUCUUACCAAUUGGUAAGGCAAAAAUUGAAAAGGAAGGUAAGGACGUAACUGUUAUCUCCCAUUCAAGAAACUUGAUUUUCUGUCUUGAAGCCGCAAAAGUAAUGAAGGAAAAAUAUGGCGUUGAUGCAGAGGUCAUCAAUCUCAGAUCUAUCAAACCUUUGGAUGUAGACACUAUCGUUGCCUCCAUUAAAAAGACCAACCACGCUAUAACCGUCGAAGCAGGUUUCCCUCAAUGUGGUGUCGGUUCCGAAAUUUGUGCUCAAGUUAUGGAAUCCGAAGCUUUUGACUAUUUGGAUGCCCCAAUGGAAAGAGUCACCGGUUGUGAAGUUCCAACUCCUUACGCUAAAGAGUUGGAAGAUUUCGCCUUCCCAGAUACUCCAACUGUUGUUAGAGGUAUGGAGAAAGUCUUAUCUUUAGGCGAAUGGGCUUAG